GUAUCUCUGACAAGUGGUAUAAAUGUAGUAAGUUGUUAUGAAGGAUAGUCUACGUGCCACGGUGCUACAAUGCCACCACUCCAUUUCAUUCUCAUUGAAGAACAACACUAGAAUGAAAUUCGUUCAUUUUACUUCAAGUUUGUGAUCAAGGACUCUGCGUAAAGGGUACCCCAUAUUCGAUUUUCUUUAUCAUCAGAGCUGCAAUCCUCCAUGUGUUGUUUAAAUAUUCUUGGAUUUGAGAAUAAACUCAAAUUUGAUUGAGUUGUGAAUCUAUAUAUAUCUGUGCUACUUCCAGAGAGUUUCACAUAGCCUGAUUUCCUUAGUAUACGUGGAUAGGUAUUUUAGUUUAUAGGAGUAGAACUGAUAUAAGGCUUAAGAGUUUCACAAUGAAACUUCUGGAUCUCUUUAUUGUUGCAUUUAUACCAGUACUAAAGGUACUACUGCUCACUGCUCUUGGAUUAUUUCUUGCACUGGAUCGUGUAGAUAUAUUGGGAAAAGAGGCACGAAAGCAUUUAAACAAUGUAGCUUUUUUUGUCUUCAAUCCAGCACUUGUUGCUAGCAGCCUUGCAAAAUACAUAACACUUAAAAGCAUAAGCCUGCUGUGGUUUAUGCCUUUUAAUGUUCUUCUCACGUUCAUCAUAGGCUCAGCACUUGGAUGGAUACUUUUAAAAAUUACUAAAGCUCCUUCUGAUUUAUGGGGGCUUGUUUUAGGAUGUUGUGCUGCAGGUAACUUGGGGAAUUUGCCUCUCAUUAUAAUUCCAGCAGUUUGUAAAGAACGAGGUAGUCCGUUUGGCGAUGCUCAUACUUGUUAUAACCAGGGAAUGGCAUAUUCUGCACUUUCUAUGGCAAUUGGAGCCAUCUACAUGUGGUCAUACGUUUAUAACAUUAUGCGGAUAUGUUCAAAUAAGAGAUCUGAAGGAGCCAAACCAGAUGAUUUCACAGAAAGUGCAAAGCCUGCAGUAGAAACAGCUGAAAAUCUUUCAAAUUCUCACUUGGGAUCACUUCUUCCUCUAAAAUCAAGCUCACCGAGGGAAGACCAUUUGGAUCAUCUUGAACUUGAUCAGGCUAAUAUAUCUGAAGGGAAGCCAAAGGUGCCACUUCUAGAGAAGAUUAAGCAGUUUUUCCAAACUUUUGCAAUGAAGACCAACCUGCGGAAGCUCUUUGCACCUUCAACCAUUGGAGCUGUGGUUGGAUUUCUGGUUGGUAGCAUCCCUCAGGUUCGGAAGGUGUUGAUUGGCGAUAGUGCUUCUCUUCGUGUUGUAGAAGACUCUGCGUCUCUACUCGGGGAUGCAGCCAUUCCAACUGUCACCAUAAUUAUGGGGGCAAACCUUCUUAAAGGUUUGAAAGGGUCAAAAAUACACCUUACUCUGAUGAUUGGGAUAUUAGUGAUUCGAUAUAUAGCUUUGCCAAUAGUGGGUGUAGUCAUCGUUAAAUUGGCCAUUCACUUGGGAUUGGUGAAGUCAAACCCCUUAUAUCAGUUUGUUCUUCUGCUUCAAUUUGCACUGCCACCAGCAGUAAAGUCUGUCAUUUCCCAUGAAGCUUCGUAUUAGCAGACAAAGUGAACGUUUUUGUUAUCAAUUGAUAAGUUCCAUGCAAGAGGACUUCCAUUAAAUGAUUUGCUCCACCAGCCGGUAGACAUGCAACAUUGUGUAGUAGUACUUACAAUACGAAGUAACAUUCCGAAUUCACCCAGAUUAAGAUAUCUUGUAUUUUAGAUUUAGUUUAUAUUAUAAUAAUCUUCUGUAAGUAACAUUCUAAAAAUUAGAUGCAUUUAUAGGCCUUUGUAAAAGGUGUUUACGAUCGGUUUCCAAAUAAUUUUGAAUUAAAUAUAAAUAAUAUUUACUUGUAUA